AUGUCUAGUGUAGAUCUCCAAUCUUAUAAUAAUAUUCCAUAUAAGAGGGUGGCUGACUACCCACUACUAAUAUCGCUGUCAUUUCGUGAUGCAGAUAUAUUAAGGGAUGAGGUAAUAUUUGCCAACUCAGAUGAAGAUGAAGAUGACUCUUCGGGUGGGUGA